AUGGCUGAAAAGCAAAAGCUGAAGCAGAGGAGACUGGGUCCAGCGGGCCGCUGCAUAGGGGGUCUGCAAGUGAAGAAAAGAAAGAAAAAGACCAGUAGGGAUUGGAGAUUGAGUUAUACUCCUUGUAUUUCUUCUCUUAUCUACAGCCUCCUGCUGAAGCGGAGGAAGUUUCUUUACCACUUCAAAAACGUCCGCUGGGCCAGGGGUCGGCAUGAGACCUACCUGUGCUACGUGGUUAAGCGGCGGGAUAGUGCCACCUCCUUUUCAUUGGACUUUGGUCACCUUCGCAACCAGUCCGGUUGCCACGUGGAAUUGUUGUUCCUCCGCUACAUCUCGGAUUGGGAUCUGGACCCUGGCCGAUGCUACCGUGUCACCUGGUUCACCUCCUGGAGCCCCUGCUACGACUGUGCCCGGCAUGUGGCCGACUUCCUGAGAGGAUACCCGAACCUCAGUCUGAGGAUCUUCACCGCGCGUCUCUACUUCUGCGAGGACCGCAAGGCUGAGCCUGAGGGUUUGCGGCGGCUGCACCGCGCUGGGGUCCAAAUCGCCAUCAUGACCUUCAAAGAUUAUUUUUAUUGCUGGAAUACUUUUGUGGCAAAUCAUGAACGGACUUUCAAGGCCUGGGAGGGACUGCAUGAAAAUUCGGUUCGACUAUCCAGACAGCUUCGACGAAUUCUCUUGCCCCUAUAUGAAGUCGAUGACUUACGAGAUGCGUUUCGUACUUUGGGACUUUGA